UUCGUACGGGCCAAAGCCGACAGUAGACUAGGUGGCAUUGGACAUUGGUUGUGGUGGUGGGCUCGCCCUCAUGACUUGCGGGAAAAUCAUGUCCAUACCGCGCCUACAAUAAUAAGUGCGCGAAUUUCAAUUGCCGGAUUCCUCACCGUUGCCAUAACCGCCGUCGCCGCCGCCGCCUGGACUCCUCACUGUGACGAUGCACGGACACUCGGAGGAAACUAGUAUCGGUGCAUCAAAAUUCCGGUCGACGGCGGCAAGUGAUUUGUGGAGCAUCUUGACCUUAUAUUUUCCACAAAUGAAUGCCGACGAUUCGGAGUUCAGGUUCCAGUUAACUUCUGAACUAAUUCACUUCUUCUCCUCUCCUCAGGCACAGCAAUUCCUUGAUCAGGUAAAAGAGGAUGAUGGAUUUUUCAUCAUACCCCUGGAUUUCCAGCAGUUGAGGAAAACUGCUCAAAUCCAGAAAUUUUAUGCAGCAUUAGAGGAUAAGCCUAAAGAUGCUCUUCUGUGCAUGCGUGCUGCACUUCACAAGGUCUAUUUUUCCAAAGAGCAUCAUAUGGAGGAUUCCCCAAGGGUUAAUAUUCGUCUCCAUAACUAUCCUCAGUCCAUAGUUGCUUUGAAGAACCUUAAGGCUGCAUAUAUUGACAGGCUUGUGUCGAUAAAGGGAACUGUAGUAAAAGUUAGCACAGUUCGUCCUUUGGUGAUAGAAAUGAGUUUUUCUUGCGCAAAGUGUGGGAAAACCAUUACCCAGGACUUUCCUGAUGGGAAAUUUUCUCCACCGACAAAAUGUGAAAUGCAAGCAUGUAAAAGCCGAAACUUCAAUCCACUCAGAUCUACUGCUCAACAAAUAGAUUUUCAGAAGAUAAGAAUUCAGGAGCUGUUAAAAUCUGAGCAUCAUGAAGAAGGCCGGGUGCCUCGGACUGUUGAAUGUGAAUUGACUGAAGAUCUAGUAGAUGCAUGCAUACCUGGUGAUGUUGUGACGGUAACUGGAAUAAUAAGGGUGAUUAACAACUAUAUGGACAUUGGAGGAGGAAAAUCAAAAAGCAAGAAUCAAGCAUUAUACUAUUUGUAUCUUGAAGUUAUCUCAGUAACAAAUUCGAAGUCCCAGCCUGUACCAGAGGAUGCCGAACAUACUGACACCAAUGCUAGUGCCACACAGCAUAGUGAUCUGUACUCAUUUUCUCCAAGAAAUUUAGAAUUCAUUGCGAAGUUUCCUGAGGAGCAUGGUUCUGAUGUAUUUAGACAAAUUCUGCAGUCGAUUUGUCCAUCCAUCUACGGGCAUGAGCUUGUUAAAGCUGGAAUUACAUUAUCACUGUUUGGUGGUGUUCGGAAGCAUUCUAUGGAUCAGAACAAGGUACCCGUCAGAGGAGACAUCCAUAUUAUUAUUGUUGGUGAUCCGGGACUGGGUAAAAGUCAGCUACUUCAAGCAGCAGCUUCUGUUUCGCCACGCGGUAUAUAUGUGUGUGGUAAUGCCACAACUAAUGCUGGCCUUACUGUUGCAGUGGUGAAGGAUUCCAUCACAGGCGACUAUGCAUUCGAGGCUGGUGCCAUGGUUCUCGCUGACCGUGGAUUAUGCUGUAUUGAUGAGUUUGACAAAAUGUCAGCAGAACACCAGGCUCUAUUAGAAGCAAUGGAACAGCAGUGUGUUUCUGUUGCAAAGGCAGGACUGGUAGCAAGUUUAUCGGCUAGAACAUCUGUUCUAGCUGCUGCAAACCCGGUUGGCGGUCAUUACAAUCGUGCUAAAACAGUUAAUGAGAAUCUGAAAAUGAGUGCUGCUCUUCUCUCGCGAUUCGAUUUGGUUUUCAUAUUGCUUGAUAAACCUGAUGAGUUGCUCGAUAAGAGACUUUCAGAGCACAUAAUGUCGCUUCACACCGGCGCCGGACAGGCAUCGCCCUCUGGAAAAAGGAUAUGUAGAGGUUAUAUUCUGACAAUCUCAUUAUUUACUUUACCACAAGCCUCAUUUGAUACAACAUUCGACUUUUCACAUGCAGAAUCACGGGACAUUCAAGUUGUGGAUAUGAAUGUAAAAAGUGGUUCCCUAGUUGCAAGGCUACGACUUGACCCUAAGAAAGACAAGGACUUUGUUCCAUUACCCGGACCCCUUCUGCGUAAAUACAUUGCCUAUGCAAGAACUUAUGUAUUUCCUAGGAUGACAAAACCAGCCGCGGAAAUCCUUCAGAAGUUCUACUUACGUCUAAGAGACCAUAAUACUUCUGCAGACGGUACUCCAAUUACAGCAAGACAGUUAGAAAGCUUGGUAAGGCUGGCUGAAGCUCGAGCUAGAGUGGACUUAAGGGAAGAGAUAAGUACUCAAGAUGCUUUGGAUGUGGUUGAAAUAAUGAAAGAGUCCUUAUACGACAAAUAUGUCGAUGAAAAUGGCCAGGUUGACUUUGGCCGGAGCGGCGGAAUGAGCCAACAGAAAGAAGCUAAGCGAUUUUUAAGUGCCUUAAAUAAGCAGUCUGAAUUGCUGCAAAAGGAUUGCUUCUCCAUAUCUGAAAUAUACAGUUUGGCCGAUAGGAUCAGUUUAAGAGUCCCCGACAUCGAUACAUUUGUGGAGAAUUUAAACAGUGUAGGCUAUCUUCUAAAGAAGGGCCCAAAAACAUAUCAGGUUCUUUCAUCCUCUUAUUCUCGGAGUCAGUCCUCGUCGAGGUCAAGAUGAUCUUCGAUCUUCAGCCAUUGCUCUAUAUUAGCUACUCAGCAUGUUGUGAUAAGAUGGUUUGUAGCCCUCGUAGGAUAAAGACCUUUUCUAUGAUCACCAGUAAUCGUUGCAGGAACA